GCCGGACCACAGGCAGCGGCAGGGCUGGCGGCGGGGCCUGUUCCGGCUCGGCCGUCCCGUGGACUGGCAGCGGGACCGCUCACUGUUUGGCGAGGGCGAGCUCCCGAACCGGAGUAGAGCCGGGCCGCCCCGCACCUCCCGUCGGGGAGCUUUCCCAUUGCCGUUCACAUCACAUAGGGGUGUCAGGCCGGGGCAGUCACCUGGCCCACCGGCACAGGAGCUGUCAUGCUUCCCAUCACCAGUGUUUCUUGGCAUUGGACAGAUGGCAGCCACUAUACUUAUCUUGUAUGUGUCAAAAAUAAAUAAGAUUGUUCACUUCCCUGAUUUUGACAAAAGUAUACCUCUAAAGUUGUUUCCUCUGCCUCUGAUUUAUGUUGGAAACCACAUAAGUGGAUUAUCAAGUACCAGCAAACUCAGUUUGCCGAUGUUUACUGUGCUCAGGAAGUUUACCAUUCCACUUACUUUACUGCUGGAAAUCAUCAUACUUGGGAAACGAUAUCCACUGAGCAUUGUAGUCAGCGUAUUUGCCAUAAUUCUUGGAGCUUUCAUAGCAGCUGGGUCUGAUCUGUCUUUUAAUCUGGAGGGUUACACCUUUGUAUUGCUGAAUGAUAUCUUUACGGCAGCAAAUGGAGUUUACACAAAGCAGAAAAUUGAUCCAAAGGAGCUGGGGAAAUAUGGUGUCCUUUUCUAUAAUGCUUGUUUCAUGGUGAUUCCAACAGUUAUUAUUAGCUUUUCUACUGGAGACUUUCAGCAGGCAACACAUUUCCAGCACUGGACAAAUUUUUUGUUUGUCUUUCAAUUUAUUCUUUCCUGCUUUUUGGGGUUUCUCUUGAUGUAUUCUACUGUCCUAUGCAGUCAUUACAAUUCUGCGCUCACGACGACAGUAGUUGGUGCCAUCAAGAAUAUAUCCAUUGCUUACAUUGGAAUGUUGAUUGGUGGCGAUUACAUAUUCUCCAUGUUAAACUUCAUAGGGCUAAAUAUUUGUAUGGCAGGAGGACUGAGAUACUCAUUUUUAACUUUAAGAGGAAACAGCAAGCCUACGCAACCUGGGGAUGAAGAGAAUGCACUUUCUGAAUCAAAUAGUUAGCCAAAAUGCCCACCUUGAAAGAGACUGAAGAUACCAGUUUGUUUACCAUUGCUGAGAACUUAAUAAGUAUAUGCUGGAAUAUAUUUAGAACAAGGAAAAAAAUCUACCUCAGUUGGCAGAGAUGUGCACACAAUUCAUUGGUUCAGAAAUACCUUGCACACCAUGUGUUGUACAUGUGGACAAGUUUAAUUUUAGCUUUUUUUUUUACAUCACAAGCUAAUUUAUAAGAAGGAAUGCCAUGAGAAAAUCUGAAGUUGUAAAUUUUUUCAUUUACCGUACUUCGAUACUAUUUGUACUCGGAAAGAUCUGUGAGAUCUGUCUCAGUGUCUGUCAUUACUCUCUGAGGCAAAGCUCCCUGUAAAGAUCAUGAGGCUUGAUUCACCAUUGCUUUACAACAUAAACAAUUUUGAUACCGGUGAAGAGGUGAAAGAUGCCAGUGAUUCAGAAUGAUUUCAUGUAUGCAUUUGCUCUUGUGUAAGUGAUGUAGAACGUAUGGGGUAAAGAGGAGAUGUGCUCUUAGGUUGUUUCCUGUGUGUCAGCUAAAGAAUUCAGGAUACUGCCUGGUGUGUUCAGUAUACAUUGUGUAGACAUUCUUUCUCAGUCCUUUCUUCAUCCUCAAUAACAUCAUGAUGUUCUCUGAAUUGGCACUGUUGUUACAAGUGAACCCUCAUAACUUUGCAGGAUCAAGGAGAGUAGGAAAUUGAGCAAGGAUUUUUUAAUGUUUAAAAAUAUUUUUGUGUGUUUGAGCCAGUAUCAAACAGGUGAUUAGGAGAGAUAACAAAGGUAAAUAUUUUUGUUUAGUGCUGGCCCAGGGGUUAAAAAAAAAAGGCCCAGAAUGUGGUAGUCAUCUGGGACAAUAAUGGCACUGCUCUGUAUCUUUAUUUCCUUCUCUGAAAAUACAAUUGAUAAUGCUUACCGGUGUCUCUGAGGAUAUAGCGUUAAUCUUUGAAAACAGAAUAGAAAUAUUGCAGCUUUAGAAGACAGCAGAGUAAUUAAUCUUGUUGAAGUUCUCAAUUCCCUGCAAGCAUAAGCCAAGAUUUUUUUAAAAUAAUCAAAUCAAAAGAAGAUUUUGGAAGACCUUGACAUGGAGUUAGGAUUGUCUAAUGACUUGUUUUAUCGGUGUUUGAAUUAAAAUAUAGCUAAAUCUGAAA